AGGGCUUUCUCUUAUCUAGAAGAGCGUAAAAAGACUUGAUCAGGAAGAUAAGACUAGCGCUCAAAAAUAAAAAGAUUUUUCUCUCCUUUCCAUUAAAAUUUGAUGAGUGCGCCUACGCCAUUUCCAUCAAUAAAUAAGCAGCCAACAUCAAAAAGAGAAAGCACCAAUGGACGCCUUUCCUAAAUAGCUGGAUAAAAGAGAGGAGAGAGGAGAGAGGAGAGAGGAGAGAGGAGAGAAAUUUUAUGUUCUGAGUUCUGACAAUAGAAACUUCAGUGCUUCAUGAAUGGCUGCCAAGCAAUACCAAGAGAACCUCCCUCUUGUCCUUCUCCAUCGUCUCCCAUCACUCAACCUUCCACAUAGAAACCGCCUAUCCCCUCACUUCCUCCUCCUCGAUCCUGCUGAUUCACAAGAACCCAUCAGCUCUUUCCUGUCAAUCCAUGCUAAUUCAGUCAGAGCCCUCCUUUGCGUGGGCUACACCCCCAUCACCUCCGAGACUCUGAGUCUCCUCCCUUCUUUGGAGCUCAUAGUAGCGGGUAGUGCUGGCGUUGACCACAUCGAUCUGCAGGAGUGUCAUCGCCGUGGUAUUAACAUCACCAACGCCAGUGUGGCAUUCGCGGAGGAUGCCGCUGACCAUGCGGUGGCGCUGCUGAUUGAUGUUUUACGUAGAGUAUCACCAGCUGACCGGUUUGUCCGUGGUGGGUCGUGGCCUGUGAUGGGAGAUUACCCUCUUGGUUCCAAGUUAGGGGGGAAACGAGUUGGGAUUGUUGGGUUCGGAAGCAUUGGUUCUGAAGUUGCAAAAAGGCUUGUGGCUUUUGGUUGCAGCAUUGCCUACAAUUCAAGGAGGAGGAAGCCAUCUGUUCCAUUCACUUACUAUGCCAAUGUUGGGGACCUUGCUGCUCAUAGUGACAUUCUCAUUCUUUCUUGCUCAUUAACAGAAGAAACUCACCAUAUGAUUAAUGAAGACGUGAUGACAAGCUUGGGAAAAGAAGGGGUGAUCAUUAACAUUGGCCGCGGCUCGCUGAUUGAUGAGAAGGAGCUAGUGAAGUUUUUGGUGCAAGGAAAGAUUGGCGGGGCAGGUCUUGAUGUGUUUGAGAAUGAGCCUGAUGUGCCAAAGGAGCUGUUUUGUCUGGACAAUGUUGUGUUGUCUCCACAUCGUGCUGUUUUCACUCCAGAAUCCAUGGAGGCAUUGAUAGAUCUAACUUGUGCAAACCUGAAGGCAUUCUUUUCGAAUGAACCUCUGCAGUCACUUGUUCAAAUAUAUUGAAUAAAAUUUCCACUAUCCCACUAGUAAGUUGAUCAAAAUUCAACUGUUUUUACAAUAAAUUCUACUCUGGUAAAGAAUCAUUCA